GUAGUCCCGAUUAUUGCUGACUUAAGCAUCGGAGUGUCUACCCCGAUGAUUCACCUCGGGGCUUUGCAGGUCAAUCCAGAGUGCAGAUACGGACUGAAGAAGGAUUUCUGGUCAGCCCGAGGUGGAAACUCGUCUCAGCCUCUUGGACGAGGUCAGGUCCCCAGCAACCUUCUGCCUCAUCCCCCACCCCCAAUCCCAAAUACGUUCCCUCCUGUUGAUCAUGUAGAAGGAGAAGAUGAAAAUCAGCCACACAAUUCGGCUAGCAACUCAGCCUCUACUGCUAAUCAAGACGGCCAAUCUCACAUCGCACCAGUUCAGCAACCCCCUCAUGAUGAUGUCACUCGACGUCUAGAUAGUCUAGAAAAACUAGUGGUUGAACAACGAGGUGUCCCACCUUCACACCCUGCUGCUGACUCCGUACCCCACCCUCUCAACACCAAUAUUAUACUGGAACCCUAUCCUGCUGGCUUCAUAAUACCACAGCUUGAAACUUAUGAUGGGACGAAGGACCCCGAUGAUCAUCUACAUGCUUUCUACUCUUGUAUGCAGGCUCAGAACGCCUCUGAUGCGUUGAUGUGCAAAAUCUUUCCCUCUACCCUCCGAGGUAAUGCUCGAACCUGGUAUUACAGUCUGCCUCCGAGGUCAAUCAACUCUUACACAGAACUGGCAUCCGCUUUUGCCGUAAAGUUUUCCAGUAGAAGGUUGAUCAGGAAAACCACUUCUGAGCUGAUGCGAGUUAAGCAGGGGACGAAGACUGUGAUCUCAGGUCUUAGCCAUGAAAGAUUCAGAGAUAGUUUGCUCAAACAUCCUGCCAACACCUUCAGCGAGGUAAAUGAUAGAUCGUUGAAAUUCAUAACUGCUGAGGAAUAUGCCCUGUCGCAGAACAUAACUCCUAUUAAGAAUCAACACCCGGACUUGAGAGAUGAGAAUCCAAACAGGAAACGGAUGAAGACAACACAGAACCGAGGUCCGAUGUCGACUUCCACCCUGAGAUUCGGAAGGACGAACUCAGCACCUCCGCAACAACCUGCAGGAAUGUUGAACGAGUACAUUCAGAGAGUUGAACAACCACGGUUUGUCAGCGAACAAGGGACACAGCAUCAAGGAGUCCGCAAUCCCCCAAACAGGCAAGGUGUGGGAUAUCAACAGGCCCCACCCACACUCCCACCACCAGCUAGAGUCAUACACAUGAUUACGGGAGUUGUCACACCUCACAAUGAUCCUCUAGUCACUUCUGUCACGAUCAACAAUUGUGAGGUGCAGCGUGUCCUUGUUGACACAGGGAGUGCACCAGACAUCAUGUACUUCCAUUGUUUUAAGAGUCUUGGGUUAGAUCCAGCCCUGUUGCAGCGGUAUGAUGGUCCCAUUUACGAGUUCAACAACCAACCAGUUCCAGUUGAAGGAGUCCUCACCAUGAAUGUUGCAUUUGGAAGUGGCCGAAGUUAUGUGACCCCUUCAGUCAGGUUUCUGGUAGUCAAGAUGGCGUCCUCAUUCAAUGUCGUCAUUGGUCGACCCACACUGACUGAAAUCCGAGCUGUGGUUUCCCAAUCUCACCUAUGCAUAAAGUUCCCAACUCCUAAGGGAAUAGCAACGCUACGAGGCAACCAGGACGUGGCCCGACAUUGCUAUAUCACCUCGGUAACACAACCUCAGAAGAGCAAGGCUCAGACACUCGAGACUGAUCCCAAACAGAUUCUUGAUGAUCGGCAAGUUAUGUGUGUUGAGAUAGAAGAUAACCGACCAGAAGAUGAAACCAGAGCUGCUCCCGUCGAAGAUGUGGAGGAGGUACAGAUUGAUGACAGAGAUCCGAGCCAGAAAACGCAAAUUGGGACUAAAUUGAACCCGGAGGAAAGAGCAGAGCUAAUAGCUUUUCUUCGGGCCAAUAAAGAUGUUUUUGCGUGGACUUCAGCAGAUAUGUUGGGAAUUCCCACUUCAGUUUUUCAACAUAAACUCAGCACCAAUCCCCUCAAGAAACCGAUAGCCCAGAAGCGACGGCUCUUCGGGGGGGAGAGGUUAAAGGUUAUUAAAGAAGAGGUCGAGAAACUCCUACAAGCCGGCUUUAUCAGAAGGAUAGAUUACUGUGAGUGGGUCGCCAAUCCGGUAUUGGUGAAAAAAGCAAAUGGUAAAUGGCGGAUGUACAUUGAUUCCACUAACCUCAACGAUGCAUGUCCAAAGGACUGUUAUCCAAUGCCAAACAUUGAUAAGCUGGUUGAGGCAGCUUCGGGAAAUGAGAGAUUAAGUCUCUUGGAUGCAUACUCAGGCUACCACCAGGUCCCAAUGGCUCCUGAGGAUGAAGAAAAAACCUCGUUCUAUGUUGGCGAUGAGAUCUAUUGCUAUGUAAUGAUGCCCUUCGGCUUGAAGAACGCAGGUGCCACUUACCAGAAGAUGGUUACCAUCGUAUUCCGAGCUCAGAUAAGACGGAAUCUGGAUGUUUAUGUUGAUGAUAUAGUGGUAAAGAGUUUGAAAGCUGACGAUCACUUAACCGACCUUGAGGAGACAUUCAACAAUCUCAGACAGAAUAGAAUGAGGUAUCUUAUAGCUGAGAAAGCAGCCUUAGCAGUUGUCACUUCAGCCAGAAAGUUGAGGCCAUAUUUCCAGUCGCACCCGAUCAUUAUUCUUACAGACCAAACCCUUCGGCAGAUUCUGCAAAAGCCUGAGUGUUCUGGAAGAUUAAUUAAGUGGGCAGUAGAACUGGGGGAAUUUGAGAUAACAUUUCAGCAGAGAUCUGCAAUCCGAGCUCAGGCACUGGCAGAUUUUAUUGUAGAAUGCACUCCAGGUAAUUCCAUUCCUACUCCGGAGCCCAAUGACUGGACCUUAUAUGUUGAUGGGGCAUCUAGUAGCAAAGGUUUAGGAGCUGGCGCUCUCUUGAUUGGCCCAGAUGGAUAUCGCAGUGAACAUGCCCUGAAGUUCAACUUCGAUGCAACAAAUAACAUGGCUGAGUUUGAAGCCCUGCUACUUGGUUUGCAGCUAGCAUUGGAAUUAAAACUUAGUGCGAUCCAAGUAUACAGUGACUCCCAGCUGGUGGUGAACCAAAUUAACUCAAUCUGCGAAGUUGUUGAUCCUGUGAUGAUGAAAUAUGUAGCUCUGGUGGCCAAGCUGAAGUGCAAAUUUCAGAAAUUCUGUCUGAGCAAAAUCCCCCGGACUGAGAAUGAACAGGCAGAUUCACUCUCUAAAUUCGCCUCUGAUAGUUCUUCACAGUCCAGAUCAGUUUUCGUGGAGGUCUUAGAUGAACCAAGCUUCAUGAAGCCACGGGUGAUGGAAAUCAGCACAGACCUAGGUACGUCAGGCUGGACUGACUCAAUUGUCUCCUUCCUUCGAGACGGGGUAAUACCUGAGGAUAAGCAGGAGGCAAUGAGGUUGAGGAAGAAAGCAUCUCGGUAUACACUUGUUGAUGGGAUCCUCUAUAAGAGAUCUUUCUCACUUCCUCUCCUACGGUGCUUGAAUCCCUAUGAAGCAGAAUAUGCACUUAGGGAGGUGCAUGAAGGUGUCUGCGGAAGUCACGUGGGGGCUCGAACUUUGGCUCAUAAAGUCCUUAGACAGGAAGAGCUCACUACUCUGGUAGCACCAUGGCCAUUUGCUCAGUGGGGCUUAGAUCUUUUAGGCCCAUUCGUGAAGGGGGUUGGUGGUGUAACCCACCUGAUUGUUGGUGUAGAUUAUUUCACAAAGUGGGUUGAAGCUCGGCCGUUAUCCAGUCUUACUUCCAAGAAGGUUGAAGACUUUGUUUUCAGCUCAAUCAUCUGUAGAUAUGGGAUCUCGAAUCAGAUUGUGGCUGAUAAUGGAACUCAAUUUAACUGCACUUCUUUUCGAGAUUUCUAUUCUAGCUACGGGAUUAAACUGCAGUUCACCUCGGUUUACCAUCCGGAGUCCAACGGCAUGGUCAAAUCUGUUAACAAGUGCAUCUUAGAAGGAAUAAAGCCAAGGUUGGAACAACAUAAGGCUAAAUGGGCAGACGAGCUCAACAACGUCCUCUAGGCAUACAGAACUACGAGUCGAACUGCCACAGGUAUUACUCUA